CCCACCAACCCUUCAGUUACUACUUGGUUCUCUUACUUGGCAAAUGUCCACUUUUUAAGGCUGAACUGCUAAGAACUACUCCGUAUCCUUGUUCAUCCAAGGAUUGGCUCUUCUAUUCGCCGCCUUCCUGCUGUCAGUCUUCACUUCAGCCCAUCAGCGCCCGGCUUGCCUCCACGUUGGGUCAUUCUUAUCGCUCUCGCCACCAGCCACCCUUCAACAAACCACCCACCGUACUUCGCUUUUGCAGUGGCAGCCAGCUGUUCCUUUCACCUGACGCACAGCAAUCCCCUCACCAUGGCCAUUCGGGACAUUGUCGUCAACGCGUCCCUGCUGCCGGUGCUCAAUUUGAGCGCCGAAACCCGCGACCAAUGCAUGCAAUUGCUCGCCGUGCUCGACCCGUCGGCUGACUCCUACUCUGACUCCGAAAAACGCGCCCUAGCUGCGUCCAAGGAACAGAAGCAGCUGUUUGCUCUUCUGGCUCGCCUGCGCGGGCUCAACCGCGAUGCUAUUCUACGCGUCCGAGAGACGAAGCAGGCGACCGCAGAGGCCCGCCAGGAAAUCGACCGUUUACACCUGCAACUUCAGAAUCUCUACUACGAACAACGGCACCUGACGGGGGAAAUCGCUGCGUGCGAGUCUUAUGAUCACAAAUACCUUGCCCUUCCAUUGAUCCCGCUCGAAGAAUUCCUGGCGUUGCACCCCGAGCAUCGUGAAUCGGACGAACACGAUCUCAUGAUCGCUCGCAUCAACCACGAACAUGCCGAACGGGAGAAGCUGGAGCAGGCGCGACAAGAGCUUCUGAAGCGGAAACAGGCUUUGAUUGCGGAAAACAACAAACGGAAGGAGGAUCUGGCCAGUCUGGACCAGGAUUUGGAGCGCUUUAUCGACCAUGUCCUGGUCAUGAUUGCCAAGAAUGAAGACCUGUCAUCAUCACAGACCGUUGAUACCAACCCCGAUUAUACCAUGACCGUCAGCACCCCCUCGCCGCGUCCGCCGCCCCCGGAGAAGCCAGAGGCUAUCCGGACGCGAUUCAAGGUCAUUGCAGCCUUCUGGGCGGUGAUUAUUCUUCUGGGAUUCCCGAUCUGGUGGAAGACCACAUCGAUCUUUCGAGCUUCCUUGCCCAUCCCGGAAAUGAUUGAUUGGGCCGAUGGAAAGACCUGUCGUCCUGUUUUCCCACUUCAAAUCCGAGUUGAGACGCCUCACCUACCUGACGCAGAGGCCCAGCACUUGCUCCGGACGACACAACAUACGCUCGAUGACUUGAAUGAAUUCUCCGCACAUCAUCUGCGGCUGAAGCUAUCGAACGAUAAUGCUGACGAGCCGUUGACUGAACCGGCAGACACGGCCUUGACAGUGCGCCUCAUACCACAAGACGAUCUAAUCAACCCCAAGUCCGAACUCCAGCACGAUAUCACCCAGCUCGACGUCUUUUACUCACCAAACCAAAUACCGCCCCUAUCAUCAUCCAACCCACCGUUGUCCGCUUACAUUGCGGGUGAACUUCAGCAGCUGUUCACAGAAGAGAAAGCCAUCAUCGCGCAAGUCCUGUCGAACACCCAUGCAUCAACUAUGCUUUCCUCCGUGUCCCCUCAGCUCGCGGAUAGUAUAGCCAAGCGCCUCCGACGCUCGAUGAAAUACGCCGAUACCUAUCACCUCGCCUUUUCCUUGUUCACUCCCGGCACAGAGCCCUCCUCGUGGGACAUUCAGGCCGCUGUCCACGACUAUAUCACCCCACUGCUGCAGGCCUUCUCUCCAAUCAGCAAUUUUACCGUUGACACCCAAGUUCAGUUAUAUGCGACGUUUGCACCUACGGCUCCGGCGCCCGAGUACGACGAAAGCCACGCAGCUUGGACCCUGAAGCCCGAAGACCUUAGCGCGUUCAUCAACGCGGCCGAAUGGCCUCUCAGCCCCAGCAUCGGCCCGGGCCCAACCAUCAACUUUAUUCUCUAUGUGCCUGAUGCAGCGCAAUCCCCCUUGGUGGUCAAGGACAGUCUCGCGACAAGCUGGGUCGUGCCUCAAUGGGGCGGUGUUGUUCUUCUCAACCCUUCCAACGGCACCCAACUUCAGCAUUUAUCGCGCGACUCGCUUCAGGCCCCCUUUCUGACCUUUUCCCACCAACUCCUCACUCUUCUGGGCGCCCCUUCCACCCCGGCUGCGCUGCCUUUCCGACUGCAGACACUCACUCGCAUUCGAGCCGCGAGUCUGCUCCUCUCUGCAUCCUCUACCAUGGGCUCCCUCGCCCGUCUCACCGAGUCACUUCCCUCCAUCCCCAUCCCUGCUACCGUGGCUGCCUCCGUGGCGACGACCCUCUCGCAUCUGACCUCGGCCUGUGAGCAUCUCCGAAGGGGCCGAUUCCAGGCCGCGCUAGCGGAUGCACGAAUCGCCGAGACGGAAGCGGAGCGUAGCUUCUUCGAGAAGAGCAUGGUCGGCCAAAUGUACUUCCCGGAUGAGCACAAGGUGGCCGUGUAUCUGCCUCUAUUGGGCCCCAUCGGCGUUCCUCUCAUUGUAGGCUUGCUAAAGGAGGUCAAGAAGGCCAUAGCCUUGCGGAAGGCCAGGAAGGCUCACUGAAUGAAUCCGAUUUGUACAGUACAUAGUUUUAUCCAAUCAUGUCUUUUCUUUCUUUCGUUUUGAGCAAAACGCACCAACAUAGAAGCAAUACCUCGCUAAAAAGCAUACAACCAG